AUGAAACAGCAGAUUGGCCUUAUUGCUUCGCUGCUGGUCGUUUUACCAGUCGUUUCUGCGAUGGUAACCCUUCGUCCAGUUUCUACAAUCUCCAUGCCAUACGAAUAUAACGAAGAGGUUGGUCUUUAUGGAAUCGAUGAGGGCGCUUCAGAACAGUCUGGCUAUGAUGCUACCAACAAAAUUGCCUACACAGGAGGUGACAAUUAUAUCCAUAUCACUGAUUGGUCAAAUGUGACCAUGCCCACCAUUAUUCAUCGAAUGACUAUUGACUUUACAUGCAAUGACAUCGAGACCUGCGGCGAUUUUGUUGCUUUCGUUCUUGAAGGAAAUUCGAAAGUAGAUCCGGGUACUCUACAGAUUUACAGCCUUUACGACAAAACUGCAGAGACGUGGAGCAGGCUUCAGGAAAUACCGAUCGGCAGCAAACCCGAUAUGCUUCAUUUCUCACGCAAUUGCCUAACCAUCCUCGUUGCUAAUAAGGGAAUAGCAAAAGAAAAUGCAGAGAAGACGGCAUUGAUCAAUCCAGAGGGAACGAUCUCCAUUAUUCGACUUUCCCAUGAUGGCUCCGCCUACAAUUCUACACUGCUCAACUUCACCCAAUUCAAUGACAGAGCUGAUGAAUAUGUGGGAAAAGGUGUGCGUUAUUCUUACCGUGGACAAUUGGACGAUGGCGAACAUACAUUCUCACAAAAUAUGGAGCCUGAAUAUAUUACAUAUAACAAAAAUGACAGUAAAGCAUAUGUUGCAUUACAGAAAAACAACGCAAUCGCUGCCAUAGAUUUAACAACCGAUGAAAUAGAAGACGUCUAUCCCCUUGGUGAAAAAAGCUGGAGUAACCUUUACCUGGAUGCAAGCGAUAAAGAUGGUGGUAAACUAUUUUGUUCAUACGACAUCUUUAGCUUCUUCCAGCCCGAUGGUAUCAAAUACUUUGAAGUGGAUGGAGAAGGAUAUAUCAUCACAGCCAAUGAGGGCAAUAGUUUGGAUUAUGAACUGGGAAAGGAUGAUUGGACAGAAAGCCAAAGGGGGAAAGAUUUCAAAGAAGGGGAUUUUUCGUCAACAUUUAAUAGAGAUCUGAUAACUAACGUGAGUGACAAUGAAAUUCUAGGACGUCUUACGUUCAGCAAGGUCGACGGUAAGGAUGACCAGGACAAAUUUGAGAAGCUUUAUUUCUUUGGAGCAAGAGGGUUUUCCAUCUUCAAGGCCUCCAACAUGACACUCGUCUACGACAGCGGCGAUGAGGUAGAGAAGAUGAUAGCCAAGUUCUACCCUGAUGUCUUCAACACGGACACUAAACCUGACGAUGCUGACGAAGACAAACCAAUCGAUUUUUUUGACAAGCGCUCCGAUAACCAGGGUCCCGAAUGUGAAUCGGUAGAGAUCGGCGAACUCGGUGGACGUCGUAUCCUCUUCGUCGGUGUCGAUCGUACAUCGGUAAUCCUUAUCUACUCUCUUGAAGUCGGCCAGGUCGUACCGACGUUCGAAAGCGUGUAUCGAGCGGGUGGCAUCAACGAUACAUUCCAGAAUCUUCUGAACAAUGGCAACCUAGGUGACCUUGAUCCGGAAGAUAUGAAGUUCAUUCCUGCAUCCAAAAGUGUAACAGGAGUGGCCAUGUUGAUGGUUACGAGCACAGUAAGCGGAACUAUUUCUCUCUACGAGGUUUAUGACGAAACACAACAUACCAAUCCAACAGACGUUACGACGGCCGAACACACAAGCACCAUGACAACAGGAGGGAGUGACGCCAUUAUCUUCUUUUCUCCCAUCGUUUGUUGUAUCUCCUUGGUACUUCAUUAUUUAUUUCAAUAGAUUCAUCUUGCAAGACGAACACAAUUUAGUGACGUGACGGGUAGAUUACCCAUGAAAAGACUACAUAGCGGAAGACGUAAAUACAAUUGAUUUUUGAGUGAAUGUGCAUCAAAAUGAAAAAGAUUAAGAAAUAAACAAAUAAAAAAAUUUCAUUCCAACUUUUCGUGAUCUUUUUUUAAAGAAAAAAAAAUUGCAUCCUAUUUUUGUUGCCUACCAUGACGAUUUUUUUUUGUUAGUCAUCACCAUAUAAACGCUUCUCUCCUCUUAGAAGCUACGCGCGCAUGAAUCUAAAAAUCAUCUCGAAAUAGAUUGACAGAAUUCUUGCAGUUUUUACUUUAACCAUUAUGAUCUAAUAGUUUAGUAAAUGAUAUGAUGUAUUUACCCUUAUCAGUUUGUUCAUUGGCAGAUUCAGGAUUUCAUGAAAGGGGUGGUGGUAGAACUCUAUUCAAAAUUGAGGAAGAAAAGACAGUUAAAGCAAAAGCUGUUGAGAGCAAGAAAAAUAUAUACUCAUGCGUCGUUAACUUUAUACAAGAAGAGAAUGAAGAAAUCAUAUUAUAUGAUGAGACCGGGAAGAGGUUUAUAAUUCCAGUAAAUAUUUCUUCAAAAUUAAACGUUGAUGGAUAAAUCAUUCUAACAUAAUAUCUUUGACAGAUUGUCAGGUAGAAUAGAGAUCAAAAAUCAAAUUAUUUAUAUAUAAGACAGUAAGCUAUCCCCAAAUUUGUGUUUUUUGCACAAUCAGGUAAAAUAUCCAUUAUCACUAAUACAUUAUCUACUAAAAGAAAAUCUGCUUAUGAAUAAUGAGAUCUCUCAUUUUGAUCACGUUAUGUCAUGUAAUCAUUUUCCCAUCACUUCCGACGGCCCUAUGAUUUUGUAUCCGUACUUCCAAUCAUCCUGCAUAACACAGACAAUAUGAAUAAACAACCGUCUAGAGUCACUUCCCGCUCUUUAUUCUCUUUGAUUAAAUCAAUGUAUAUUCAUUAAUAAAUAUUGUUUAAUAUAAAAAGAUAUGGCACAUUAAAAAUGAUGUCAAUAUCACAAAAGGAUUGCAAUUAUGGCAUAGAGAUAUUCUCGUUAGAGUGGAGGCAAAAUGCAAUCGAUUAAGGCACGAAUCUCGAGGGGAUAAAAAAACUAAUAUUUCUUUGAUGAAGUACAAGGUUGUCUGAUAAACUAUAAGGAAAUCGUGAGCUACAAAGAGAAGUCGAUUCCAGGGGGGGGGGGGGGGUUGGAUGUUUCACAAGAUUUAAGUAUAACUUAAGUCGCACUUAAAUGCCGACGGGAACAUGAUAUACAACGCGCGAUCUUAUCGAUAGAUACAUAGUAGUGUGUGUCGAUCUGAUCGAUGCGGUCAAGCCUUUCAUACCUUUAGCAACUCGGUAUUCAAGUGCGACUUUUUUUUAAAGGUCAAGUUUACCCCAGAAAGAAAGUU